UGUUGUUGCUCUGGUGUGUGAGGAGAAUAUUUGAGGCUCUGCAGUAAAAUGUCUUCACUUCAGUCUCUGGGAGAGUUGAUCAGCUAAAGCGACUAACUGCUGCUGCUGCAGAAAUCUUCUCACCAGGCUGUGGAAACUUUCUUCUCCUCCUCAACAACUUGGUGGAGUUCUUUCCAGAACCAGAGAAGAUAUUCUGCGGUCUUCGUGACAAUCGGAGCUCCAGAAUCAGGUUGUGGCUGUUAGCUAAACACGGCUAAAGAAAACCUGCUACCACUUCAGGAUCAUCCAUCAGCUGGGACUGAUUCAUCGUGUGUUCUUCACCACCUGGACCUGGACAGCAUGGACACAGAUUUUCAACAGGUGGUUCUGGUUAAAAAUAGAAGCUUCAGAAGAACAGAGUGCUCGUGUCAACCACCAGCACCUAGAUUUUCUCCACAAAAAGGAGGAACAGGAGAAACUCUGGCCCAGUAUGGAGGGAGAGCAUCUCCAUUUGAAUAAGGAGACUGAUGCUGCCAGGUUUCAAUCCUUUUAAUCCUUUUACCCAUAAAACACAUUUAAACAUACACACAAGAGUCCACACAAAACAGAAACAUUUUGCCUGUGAGCACUGUGGACAAAGAUUUCAACAAAAGACUAAUUUAAACAGUCACAUGAGCAUCCACACAGGACAGAAACCUUUUCCAUGUGACCUCUGUGGAAAAAGGUUUAGCCAAAAGUCAACUUUAAACAGUCACAUGAGAGUCCACACAGGACAGAAGCCUUUCCCCUGUGACCUUUGUGGAAAAAGAUUUAGCGGAAAGUCAACUCUAAACGUUCACAUGAGAGUCCACACAGGACACAAGCCUUUUCCGUGUGACCUCUGUGGAAAAAGAUUUAGCCAAAAGUCAACUUUAGAAAGUCACAUGAGAGUCCACACAGGACAGAAGCCUUUUGCUUGUGAUCUCUGUGAAAAGAGAUUUGGCCUAAAGUCAUUUUUAAAAAUUCACUUGAGAGUCCACACAAGACAGAAGCCGUUUGCCUGUGAGCUCUGUGGAAAAAGAUUUAGCAGAAAGUCAAAUCUAAACAUUCACAUGAGAGUCCACACAGGACAGAAGCCUUUUCUUUGUGACCUCUGUGGAAAAAGAUUUAGCCUAAAGUCAACUUUAAACUGUCACAUGAGUGUCCACACAGGACAGAAGCCUUUUGCUUGUGAUCUCUGUGGAAAAAGUUUUAGCCUAAAGUCAACUUUAAAUAGUCACAUGAGAGUCCACACAGGACAAAAGCCUUUUGCUUGUGAGCUCUGUGAAAAGAGAUUUAGCCAAAAGACCCAUUUAAAUAGUCACAUGAGAGUGCACACAGGACAGAAGCAUUUUGCUUGUGAGCUCUGUGAAACAAGAUUUAGCCGAAUGUCAAAUUUAAAAAGUCACAUGAGACUCCACACAGGUCAGAAGCCUUUUGCUUGUGAGCUCUGUGAAAAGAGAUUUAGCCAAAUGUCAACUUUAAACAGACACAUGGGAGUCCACACAGGACAGAAGCCUUUUGCUUGUGAGCUCUGUGAAAAGAGAUUUGGCCUGAAGUCAACUUUAAACAGACACAUGAGUGUCCACACAGGACAGAAGCCUUUUUCUUGUGAGCUGUGUGAAAAGAGAUUCAGCCUAAAGUCAACUUUAAACAGACACAUGAGUGUCCACACAGGACAGAAGCCUUUUGCCUGUGAGCUCUGUGGACAAAGAUAUAGCCAAAAGUCAACUCUAAACAUUCACAUGAGAGUCCACACAGGACAGAAGCCUUUUCCGUGUGACCUCUGUGGAAAAAGAUUUAGCCUAAAGUCAACUUUAAACACACACAUGGGAGUCCACAAAGGACAAAAGCCUUUUGCUUGUGAGCUCUGUGGAAAAAGAUUUAGCCGAAAGACCCAUUUAAAUAGUCACUUGAGAGUCCACACAGGACAUAAGCCUUUUUCUUGUGAGCUAUGUGAAAAGAGAUUUAGCCUAAAGACCCAUUUAAAUAGACACAUGAGUGUCCACACAGGACAGAAGCCUUUUGCUUGUGAGCUCUGUGAAACGAGAUUUAGCCGAAUGUCAACUUUAAAAAGUCACAUGAGAGUCCACACAGGACAGAAGUCUUUUGCGUGUGAUCUCUGUGAAAAGAGAUUUAGUCUAAAGUCAACUUUAAACAGACACAUGAGAGUCCACACAGGACAGAGGCCUUUUGCUUGUGAACUCUGUGGAAAAAGAUUUAGCCUAAAGUCAACUUUAAAUACUCACAUGAGAGUCCACACAGGACAGAAGCCUUUUACUUGUGAGCUCUGUGGAAAAAGAUUUAGCCUAAAGUCAACUUUAAAUAGUCACAUGAGAGUCCACACAGGACAGAAGCCUUUUGCUUGUGAGCUCUGUGAAAAGAGAUUUAGCCAAAAGAGCAAUUUAAAUAGUCACAUGAGAGUCCACACAGGACAGAAGCAUUUUGCUUGUGAGCUCUGUGAAAAGACAUUUAGCCGAAUGUCACAUUUAAACAGACACAUGAGAGUCCACACAGGAAAUAAGCCUUUUCCUUGUGAGCUCUGUGGAAAGAGAUUUAGUCAAAAGUCAACUUUAAACCUUCACAUGAGAGUUUACACAGGACAGAAGCCUUUCGCAUGUGAGUUCUGUGGAAAAAGAUUUAGCGAAAAGAGAAAUUUAAACAGACACAUGAGAGUCCACACUGGCCUUUCGCCUGUGAGCUCUGUGGAAAAAGAUUGAUCCAAAAGACAAAUUUAAACGGUCACAUAAGAGUCCACAAAGGACAGAAGCCUUUUGCUUGUGAGCUCUGUAGACGAAGAUUUAGCUGAAAGAAAACUUAAAAUAAUCAUCUAAGCAUCCACUAGGGCUGAACGAUUUAUUGCAGGGGUCUCCAACAUUUAUUGGCCCGUGAGCUGCUUUUACACAAUGAAAGCACAGCAGAGUUACUGCCAUAUGAUUUAUUUACAUUGAUACUUUCCAUGUGUGAAUGUGCUUAUGUUAAAAAUGCUAUACUUACUCUAUUAACAUGCAUUGUAUUCACAAUUGAUUUCUCUGUAUUUCAAUACAUCAGUAUAUAUUUUUAAAAAUAUAAGUAAACUAGUGACAUUCUGAAAACCAAAUAGAACAAAACAUAUUUAGUUUUUUAAACUAAUCCGAUACAUUCAAAUGAUGAGUUACAAAUCUACUUCAUGUGAAUGAUUUGGCAUUUUUUUAGAAGGUUAAUAACAACUUUAAGCACACAGGAACAGCUAACCUGUAAAGCUGAUGAUAUUUUAAAUAAAAUACAAGCUAAAUGUGAUGAAAACACACAAUUGUAAAUAGUUUGAAUUGAAAUAGAAAAUAUAAAAUCAGAAAAAAGAUUUGUUCCUGCUCUCCUGAUUGACUGAAACAUUUUUAUGGGAUUUUUUUUUUGGGUCAUAAAAGUUAAGUUUUGCUGCGUUUAUUGCUGACAAUAUUAAGGUUGGAGGUUUAUCCUUUUUUUUGGAGGUUAAAAGAUGUAUUGCACGUUGCUGGAAAAACCGAACAUUUGUGCAACCUCAGACUGGUUGGAAGCUAUGACUUCCUUUCUGGCUUUAGAACGAAUAAGCUAUUUUACAAAAAAUAUGUUAGAUAAAUUUGAUGAGAUCUGGAAGUUAUUUUUUGCUUUUUUGGAAAUGGGUCAUACAAUGUGAAACAACAAAGUAAUUUGAUAUUGUUAAUGUAUGCAGGAGGUGUAUGUCUUUUUCUUUUCCUUUUUUCACUUUAUCUCAUUCCUUUCUUUAUUUUUUGUUCUACUUCAAAUAUGCCAUACAUUCGGGUCUGCUAACAGAAGGGAAAUGAAAAAUGGUAUUGGGUACAAUGUUUUCAUGUUUAUGUUAAUUUAUAUAUUUAUGCCACAUAAUUGUCUCUUGUGCUUUUUAUUUUAUUUUUAUUUUAUGUUUUGAGUGGAGAUAUGUUCAUUAUAUGUGUUGGUACCCAAAUGUAGAAAAUCAAUAAAAAAAUUGUUUAAAAAAAAUGACAGGAGAAAGAAAAAGAGGCUCUCAUACAAGAUGUUUCCACACGGUGGAAUUCAACACUGGAUAUGAUAUCUCGUCUACUAAACAAUCAAGAAGCAGUUUCAGCUGCUUUAAACAAACAGAAACACAAGCUAGUCUUGUUAACUCCAUCAGAGCUGGUGAAACUCCAAAGGCUGGCAAGUGUCAAUGAGCCAUGCAGGUAAAUAAAACUUUUCUUACAGUUUGUUUUUAUUUUAUAGUUGACAGUUAUUGUAGAUUUAUAAAAAAUUGUUUUCCUGGACUUUCUACUGCAGAUUCGUGACUGUGCUCCUGGGAGGCGAGACUUAUGUCUCAAGCUCUGUCGUCUUACCUGCUCUCUGCCACCUGCAUCACACCAUGGCAGUCUCUGAUGAUGACUCAAACUACAUGGUGAAAUUCAAGACUGCCUUCACCAAGGACUUAUCCCAACGUGCAGCUACUCUGAAUCAUGAAUGGCUUAAGAUGGCUACUGUGCUCGACCCACGCUUCAAGGAUUUAAAGUGCAUUGCAAAGGGAGAGCGAGAAGAGGUUUGGCGCAGCCUUGAAACCAUACUGCAGGACCAGAGCACG